AUGGCUACCACCACCACCACCACCACCACCACCACCACCACCACCACCACCACCACCACCAUCACCACCACCAACACCACCAGGACAACCACCACCACCACAACCACCUUUACAGCACGUGUGCUCUCUACUUCUUUUUCGGCGUAUAUUCUCCUCAAGGUAUCACAGGAUGUGAUAACCCUACUACUCCGUCGCUUUCAUCUCCAGUAGGAGUUCGGUACUCAUUGACCUCGAGGAGGAGGAGACAUCCCUUAAUAAUCAUGGCUCGUAAUUUCGCACGUAGGUGAUAAAGCUGUAAGUCGGGUUUGACGCGGGGAGUGGAGGGGGAGAGAGAAAGACCAUAUUUGCUGUCAGCGUGAGGGAGAAGGUGGGUGCCGGCGACAUCGAAGGUAAUUAAAUGGUCAACCUUCGUCCUUUUUGAGGCCUCCACGUAUUCGCAGUUCUGGUUUCUGCACAGGUGUCUCGACAAUAAUGUGCCGCCCAAAUGUGUUCCACUCAUGCCUCCGGUUAACACAGAUUUUUCGAGUCGGGCAUUAUUUCAAAAUGGCAGAUGGAUGAUCCGACGGCUCCUCCAAGAUGGCCACGCGAGACUUCACAAGUACCGUCAAAGGAUUGACCAAGUAAAGACCAGAUGUUGUGUGUUCAUGGGCGAGAUCGGUAGAAAUCUGCUCCUCCAGAGGAGAGCUGAAGAAGCCCGCGAACAAAGAAUGAUGCGCGACGAAGCACUGGAGAACCAAUUCCGAAAGCUGCCCAAUCUAACGUCGCCCAGAAACGACAAACUGGUGCACAACCUGUCGUCAAAGGAGCUGAAAAAAAAUCAGAUGCAGGUUUUAAGGCACGAAGCUUUAUUCAACACGACUGCCGCCAAACCUGUUAACAUGAAUGCAGACGGAAGCAACGGAGGAGACCAAGCGCCUCAUCCGAUACCAUGUGUCGUCUCUCCUAAUGGCCCACAGGCCGCGGGAAGUGCUUUCAAAUGUCGAACGUGAUGCGCUUAGAGAACUCAAGGCCGACAAAGACUUGGUCAUCGUGCAAGCGGACAAGGGGGCGCUCCACGGUUGUGCUGGACAGAACAGACUACCUUCAAAAAGCCGAAUUUUUACUGGAGGACCGACAGUUCUAUGUUUCAUGUGCAACGAACCCUGUAGAAGCGCUGACACGCUAAAUGAAUGCUAGGUUAUUGGCCUUGGGGAACUCAGGUGCAAUAACACCGACCGACAGACGCAUGGCGAGACCCCAAGAUAGGGCUUUGGCCCGAUUCUAUGGCCUCCCUAAGGUGCACAAAGACGGCGCUCCUCUCCGACCCAUCCAGUCGCUCAAAGUUACUCCAACGUACGGACAGUCUAAGUGGCUAUUCCGGCGUCUCAAGUUCCUGACCGCUGAGUCAGACACCACGGUCUCUUCGUCAGCACAAUUCCUGGAGCAUCUCAAAGGGGUAAGCCUCCAUCCAAAUGAGGUCAUGGUAUCUUUUGAUGUUACAUCCAUUUUUACUUCUAUUCCCCAGGACCUGGCGAUCGAGACAAUCGAGCUGCUUCUACAAAGCAAAUACGAUGAAACGAAUAAUAGUCUUGGAUUAGACCAAGUCCUUCAGCUCCUGAAGUUCUGUCUCAGGACGUACUUCACUAUCGACGGGACAAUCUACGAAGAGGUGAAGGGCACACCACUGGGUUCGCCGAUUUCGGGGUGCAUCGCCGAGGCGGUCCUGCAACGGUUAGAUUCGCUGGUCUUCCAACAUCACAAACCGAAGUUCUGGGCGCGUUAUGUGGAUGAUACCUUCGUCGUUAUCGACCGGGAUCAACAGAUGACAAUGAAGGAACGCCUGAAUGCGGUCGUCCCGGGCCUACAUUUUACGAUGGAGGAGGGAGAGAACAACCAGCUGGCCUUACUGGAUGUCCACGUAUGCUGCAAGGAUUGUGGCGGGCUAAAGACCAACGUGUUAACGAAAGCGAUAAAUACGAUGCAAGUACUGAGCUUCAACAGUAACCACCCAAACAGUCACAAACGCAGUUGUGUAAGGACGCUCUAUCGGCGUGUCGAAACGCAGUGCAGUGAACCGGAAGACAAGAUUGCCGAACUACAAUACCUCCGACAGUUCUUCAACGCCAAUGGCUACCCGCGCAACUUUGUCAACCGGUGCAUAGGCAAAAGGGACGAAAGGCCUAACCGCACGGACAGCAAAGUUUGGCGAGCGCUUCCAUAUGUCAAGAAGGUUUCGGACGCUGUUGGCCGCCUUCUCGCACCACUUGGGGUUGGAGUUGCACACAGACGGGAGGCAACCAUCAGGCGUAACUUAAUGAAACCGAAAGACCCACUGCCACGGCAAGAAACGUCUGGAGUCGUCUAUCGGAUCUGGCGAAGUUGCGGACAGAGCAACUACGUUGGAGAAACCGGAAGACAAUUCCAAACGCGAAUGGCCGCACACGCGGCAGCGGUGCGGAGAAAUGACGCCAGCUCUCAAGUUGCGGCUCAUUCGACGGCCUCCGGCCACACAUUCAAAUUUGACGGGGCCGAGAUUCUCGCAGGAGGUGACAACCGCGUGUGCCGGAAGCUGCUUGAGUCACGGUUGACUGGUCCCCAGUCUAUUAACAAGUGCAAUGAUCUUCCCAUUCAAUUCACCGUGCUGAGACUUCGUAUAGGCGGAGUAUUUGGCCACGCGGGAAGCGCACAGGUGAGCACUCCUCCCAAUACCCGGCUCAGCGAGCAGAUGGUCGAGCCAUCAUCACACCAGCAUGAAAUUGCCGCAAUUAACGACGCGAAUGCCGGCCAUUACGCCACGUGCAACGAUUACUGGUGA